AUGCCGUUCCAUCGAAGUAUGGUGAUGAAAGGGGAUCAGUAUUGGAUUCGCGAUAAAGCCAAGGCUCGUAUAAAAUGUGUCAAACCGAUCUGUCCAACUCGAAUACACGAAAACGACAUCAAUGCGGUACUGGACGAACAGGAAGACGGCUUGAAUCUCUUUAUGCCACUCGAUCAUCGUCAGUGGCUUCAAUACUAUCACAACAAGGAUGUUAUCUAUUACGCAUGUGGUGGUAACGAAUACGUAAAGCAAUGCCCUCUGUGCAAGUCGAUGUACGUUGAAAAAGAAGGUUGCAGCUUUGUGAGAUGUGCCAAUUUACGGUGUCGUACCCGUUUUUGUUGGCAAUGCGGCGAUCCUAUUGAAAGUAUCAUGCAUUUUACAGGUGGCUCUAGUGUCUUUCAUCCUCCUGCUGUGUUUAGGUGGUUGAGGCAGAAGCGCAAAUACUUUCCUGGAAAUCAUUGGCUAUCUGUGGGCGGGGUUCAACGUGGGGGCGUGUCACAACACAGUCCAUCACUUGUGGGAGCUCUCACCGAGGUAUUUGUGUCGAGUGCAAGUCGCUUGAUACCCCUCUUAAACAUAUCCUACUAUAUAUAA